UCCAAACCGACCACGAAAAUAGAGAAAGAAGUGUCAUGGCGGCUUCCUGAACGUUUAACCUGAAGAUUCACAGACAGUUCAACGUUUAAAAGCCUCCAGUUUUUUAGUCUCGAAAUGCCUAUCAAAGACCCGAUUAAGUGGAAUUACAGAGUGUCCGCAGUUUACGCGCUGGGGAUCUGGACAAUAUUAGGAUCCUACGCUUUUUUAAAAUAUACAGGUCGUUUGGACGAUCCAGUAGCGAACCAAAAGUUCGAAGAGCCAGAAAAUCCCAACAAGCAUGUCUACGAAACGGCUCACUCCAAAACCAUCAUCGUUUAUAAGGAAGAUUUCGUCCCGUACAGCAGGAGGAUCUACAAUUUCAUCAAGUCGUUGAGUGGAGGAUCAGGAGCUGGAGAUGGCGACAAGUAGCUGCUGGACGUGUUUUAAAAAACAGACUUGCUGCUAUGUUUGCGUAUUUGAAGAGGAUGUCUUUCGUUAUUUUGCCAAAAAAUUUAGGACUAAUCAUCUCUGCAAAUCAAUGAUCAAGUUGUCACGGAGUAUUUUAUUAAAGCUCUAGAUAUUUAGGAAUUUUUGCAAAUCAGUUGUUUCAUCUAAUUUGUUUUACAACAAAAAGUGUUUUGCAGCCAGUUUAAUUCAUUUUGGCUCCAAUUCCCAGCAGAUUAUGACCCACAUUUGGAAAAAGCAUGAAAAGGGGAAAUGGCCAGCAUUCUAUAUUUCUUAUAUGUUUAUUGUUUGGGGGGAAAAAAACUAAUAUCUUCUUGUGAAUUAAAAAUAAGGAUACUUGAAUUUAUUCCAUCAAGUGUUUUUGAAAUGUAAUAAAUGACUGCAUUUCUUGAAAAAGAACAAAUAAAUAACUUAUAAUUGGUAUGAAUUUCCCAUUAAUUUCGGGCUCUUGGUUGUUUAUCUGAAUUGUUUUGGGGUUUUUUUUUACCUCAUGUGGAAUAUUUAUAUACUUUGACCAGUUGCUUCCUUGCUGAAUUGGUAGGCGUCAUGAACACCUAUUUGUUUCACAAGUUUCAUCAACUUAUCUCAAAGCAGAUUAAAUUAAAUUGAUUACAAUGUUAGUGAACAAUACAGGAAUCACUAAGACAUAGACAAGCUGAAGGCAGCAUUUGACUACAAUUAGAAGAAAUAUACAAGCCAAACCUAUAAAACUGCACCAACGUUUAGACGGUGGCAGUAUGAUGCUGUGGUGAUGGAACAUGGCUUGAAAUAAAUGGGAUGAGAAAUGAAACUACCUCCAAAAUCUUCAAAUCAACAGCUGCAGUGAAUGCUUAUUCUCAGCAUUCACUGAUUUUAAAUAAUUUAUUCAAGUCUUAAAAGCACGAUGAUAGUGAUAAAGAUGUUGAUGGUGACAACAAAUAUGACAAUGAAGAUGAUCGAGACAAGAAAAAAUGGAAAUACGUCGUAUAUAAAAAAAUGUUUAAAGAUCCCUUAAUUGCUUCUGCAGGCGUUAUUGUUGUGUUUCCAGCUUCCACCGCUAGAUGUCGACAAACUACCGCUGACGGCAGGAGUUGACCGGAAGCUUUGACAGCGUGCUGUCCAGCAGAAGCACAACAAUGAGAGCGAUUAUCCAGAGGGUGACCAAAGCGAGUGUGACAGUGGGAGAGGAGCAGGUCAGCUCCAUUGGACGGGGGAUCUGCGUCCUGCUCGGGAUUUCUGCAGACGACACGCAGAAAGAUGCUGAGUACAUGGUCAGAAAGAUCCUGAACCUGCGGCUGUUUGAGGACGAGAGCGGCCGGGCGUGGGCUAAGAGUGUCAUGGACAGGGAGUUGGAGGUGUUGUGUGUGAGCCAGUUCACCCUGCAGUGCAUCCUGAAGGGCAACAAGCCAGACUUCCACGCCGCCAUGCCGGCAGAGCUCGCCCAGCCCUUCUACAUCAGCAUCCUGGAGAGCAUGAGGAGCGCCUACAGGCCGGAGCUCAUCAAAGACGGGAAGUUUGGGGCGUACAUGCAGGUCAACAUCCAGAACGACGGUCCGGUUACCGUGGAGCUGACGUCACCGGCUGCUCCCACAGACCCCAAACAGCUGUCCAAGUUGGAGAAGCAGCAGCUCAGGAAGGAGAAGACGCGCUCCAAAGGCUCGUCCGAGUCGGGACGGGAGAAGAGCUCGCUGCGGUCCAGGCCGGACCCCAGCGCCAGCAGCGGGGCGGACGGCGACGUGUCUUCAGACCGGGAGCCGUGAUGCUGCAGGAUGCAAACCAAACUGUGGACACUCAGGAAGAACGCUUCGACCCGUUUACGGACCGACCGACAGCAGACAGAACCCAGCAGCUCAUUGGAUCCUUCGUCUCGUUGUUUUUCCAUUUGUCCUCCUCCAGCCGUCUCUGUUGGACUCUCUGCUCCGUUCGUGUCGCUGCGCUGCAGAUCUUCUCCAGUGCUGCCAGACGGAGCACACCAGCGCCUCCUCUAAGCGCCUGUUUACCGCCGUGAGCAGAUUGUUUGUUCUGAGCUUGAACUGGAAUGUCUCUGUAACCAACGGAGACGCAAACAGACGCUUUAAAUAACAGCCCCAUUAUCCUGAUGUCCCGCUUUCCUUUCUGCAUGCUUGGACACAUCUUGGUUGAGCUCACAAGCAUCCAGCAGGUGCAUCACUGUCGUCACUUCUAAUUAACUGGAACAUGGAGGCGACAUCUCAGAAAUAAAACCUGAUAUUCCUCUUGGCAACAGAAAGGCGUUCAGAUGAUGGUUUAGGAUUGUGAUUAAUGUGAAACAGUGUCAGGAAAGCUGCAGCGAGGCGAACGUUUUGCUGCAACUGUUGUUUCUGUAAAGAAGGCAGAGAGAAAAACUUUAACUUGGUUUGACAAACCAGGAGGAAGGAAAAGAUUCAGAUGGAAAUGAUCCCUUCUCUUUGCUGGGGUUUCUUUUUGGCGUUUGGGGAAAAUUAUGGAUGAAAUUUAUUGUUCCCACCUUGAUGCUGCCCUGCUGUGUUCUGACGGGUCUGAAUGUACAUUUUGUUACUGUAUAAAUUUCAAAAGCAUUCA